CAAAAAUAAGGCCUGGCACCUGAUGUCGAGGUCGGUAGCGACCCGUAUAAAAGCAGUCAGUCAAAAGGAUUCGUCACAGUUCCUUUCAAUCGUUCGAUAUGAAGUGUGUAAGUUCAUUCUACUCCUUGCUGUAUUGCUUUCCGUCUUGGCUGCCGUAGCCCUCGCUGCCCCUCAGGGCUACGAGGCUCCAGCUGCUCUCUCUUCCCACGCAAGAAGCGUCGACGCCCCUGUCAUCGCCAUCGUCAGGGACGAAAGAGUCAGCGGCGACGACGGAAGUUACAACGUCGAUGUCGAAACAGCCAACGGCAUCGUCUACUCAGAGUCAGGAUCACCAGGAGUUGCUGGAGCUGUUGCCAGUUCCGGAAGACUUUCAUACACAGCUCCUGAUGGCACCCCAGUGGAACUGACCUUUGUGGCCAAUGAGAACGGCUUCCAGCCUCAGGGUAACCACCUGCCGGUGGCUCCCGAGUUCCCCCACCCGAUUCCCCAGUUCGUGCUCGACCAGAUCGCCUUCGCCGAGGAACAACGAGCCAGGGGCAUCAUCGAAGGAGCACCACGUGAAUCCUCCGUGGCAGCACCAUCACGCUCCUACGCCAGUCCUCAGUAAUGGAUAAGGAUAACUCGAUGUCAUCCAACGAUUAAUUUAUAAUAACACAAUGUAUAUUAACUUAUUGUAAAUAAAUACAACUACGAGCAUAAAA